ACAAAAACUUAGCAAAAAAUUAAUAUCUAAAAUGCAAAAUCUUCGUUCCAUCAAUCUCACGUUUUGUUAAUUAAAGUAUAUUGAUUUGCUUGUUACAGUUAGAUUUCCGGUCACACGAUUGUAUAUUGUCUUCAUCCACGAUCCAGUCAUUGCUGCUUUGAAACUUGCGAAAAUGAGCUUCAGCGGCUUCAUCGAAGAGAUUCCAGGAUUAUCAGUCGACUCGUUCCGGGAAGAGAACUUCGAGAAGUCAUCGACGUUUUUCCUCACUCAUUGCCACACAGAUCAUACGACAGGCCUGAUCAAUGGAUUUCUGAAUCAUAUCUAUGCCAAUAGCAAUCUUAUCCUUUACUGCAGCAGCGAAAGCGCUACAAUCCUGAAAAAUAUGAAUCCAGAGCAUACAAAUUUGCUAGAUAAUAUUAUUUGGACGUUGCCAUUCAACCAAAAUUGCUUCAUUCCAAUCAACGGCAUGAGCGUCGGCGUCACUGCCAUCCGAGCAAACCACUGCGUCGGUUCUUGCAUGUUCCUCUUCAGGACCAACGAAUCUACUGUUCUCUACACAGGAGAUUUCCGUUUCCACUGGUUCGAAUUAAUGGACAUAAAAGCUCUGCACAACAAUGGUUGGCCAAUUCAACUGGACAACGUUUACUUGGACACCACCUACUUGAAGCAAAUAACUUAUAAUUUUCCCACAAGAAAAAAAGCCAUCCACUUGCUCUUGAAUGCAAUCGACGAUUUCCUUGAAUUUACUGCAGGACAAAGAAUUGUGCACAUCAGCAGACCAGCAAACAUUGGUUCCGAGAUCAUUAUCCAGUCAUUGGCCAGGAAAUUCAACUGCCAGAUCCACGUUGAUGACGAGUGUUACAAUUUUUACCGAGGAGUUGAGCCGGUUUUCUCUUGCAUGACAAACAAUCCAAAUAACACAUUCAUACAUAUGUGCAAACCGGGAAAACCUGGCACCAAUCACUUCUGCAACAGCCCUGCCGCUUUGAAAAUUCGUCUUUCGGCCCAGUGGUAUGCCAUUCAAGAAAAUACCAACUGGGUUCAGUGGGAAGGAGCCAGAGCAGUAAAUAUUGCGCACUCUAUGCACUCGUCGAGGAAGGAGCUGAAAGCCUUCCUUCGUUACUUCAAACCGGGCUGUGCUGUAGCUUUAGUUAUUCCUGAUGGAUACUAUCAGGAUGAGAUUCAGGUGGAACUGGAUUAUAUUGCAUGUAAGGCGUACAACAACUGA